UGGUGUUUUUCCGCCUCCUUUCGGUCCUUGUUGUUGUUGUGAGUCGGAGCAUCGAUGCUCCCGGUCGGCUUAAACCUCCCGGAAUGUUGCUGCUUACCCGUGAAUGAUUCCAACAUUUCCUUUUGGACCGGUACCGAGCAGAACAGAACCACAGGCUGCUCUCUGCGUGGAUUCGGUCUCAAACGGCUGUUUCUUCUGCAUCGUGUCGUUGUUGAACAUUACUAAUAAUGAUGAACCGGUAUGGGUCCGGCGGUGUUGAGCUGGUCCUGGACCACGGUCCAGUUGAAGUGUCCAACAUGUCUGAUAUUAAUAAGGCCAGUCCUCAUGGCUGUGAUAACGGAGCUCUGACGGACAGGUUCGGGGUUCUGAUCCAGGCUCUGCUGGCUGUGGUGGCCUUCAGUACGCUGAUGUUGAAACGCUUCCGGGAGCCUGUAGGCGUCAGACGGCCGUGGAGGAUCUGGUUUUUUGACACAUCCAAGCAGGCCAUCGGAGCUCUGUUCAUCCACUUCGCCAACGUCUUCCUCUCCACACUCACCAAAGAGGACCCGUGCUCUCUGUAUUUGAUGAAUUUCCUGCUGGAUGCAACGCUGGGAAUGCUCGUCAUCUGGGUGGCUGUGAAGUUGGUCUUCAGGCUGGUGGAGCACAAGCAGUGGAGUUUGCUUCUGUUUGGAGAAUAUGGUGACCCUCCCCAGGCUGCGGCGUGGCUCGGUCAGUGUGGCGUCUACCUGCUCAUCAUGGUGCUGGAGAAAGGUGUGAUCACCCUGGUGCUGCUCGUCCCUGGAUGGUCCAAACUGCAGGAGGUGCUGCUGAGUUACAUCGCUAACCCUCAGCUGGAGCUGGCGCUGGUCAUGCUCAUCGUGCCUUUCAUCGUUAAUGCCAUCAUGUUCUGGGUGGUGGACAGCCUGACCAUGAGGAAGUACAAGACGAUGAAGAGUCUGGACGACACCUGUGACACCAUGAAGAAGAAGGUGGAGUCUGUGUCAGCAGGAGGCAGCAGUGAGGAGUCACAGGUCCUGUUGGAGGAUGAGACGGACACAGACGAGGCUUCGGAGGGUGAGGAUGAGGAGCAGCGCGUCCAUGUGCAGUAUUCAGGUGGACCGCUGAGACCGAGCUGGGUGGUGGUGUAAACCCAAGUGAUCCCAUCUUCUACUCGCCCGUCUGCUGUCCACAGACAGAGUUUCCAUCUGUGUCUCAAACUGAAGGUCUUAGUCUCUGGUUCCUUGCAGACAAAAGCACGGAGGAGGUGAUUCAACCAAAGCCGUAGCUUCAUCUUUAGAGACGCUGGAGUUGUUAGACCCACCAUAUGCAUGGAGACAUCACAAUCUUUCUGUCUUUCAAUGCAAGAAAACAUCAGACUAACCAGAACCGUGUGGACCGAGCCAUGAAUCUGUCUCCUCAUCUCUGUGGGACUUUAGGUGAGGCGGACACGACUCGGUCCGGUCAGAUGAAUGAAAAAGGGCUCUUUAUGAGUUUCUCUGUCAGAAUUGGACCACCUCAGAACCUCCUGCACAUUUUCCCUCUGACUGCAUGCUUUAGUUGGAGGGAGGAUCUUUUUAAGAAACUCAAUGUAAACCUUUAUUUUAAAGGUGCAGAUUAAUAAAUAAAUACAGAUUCA